CUUAAACCGCCAGCGUUCUGGCUCUGCUGGCUCGAAGAUCACGAGUUGACUUUCACAGUCGCGAUCUGGAAGUAACGGUCGUGAUCUUUAUUUCUGUCUCGAACGAAGAAGGUUACGAGCCGAUUUUUGAAACCUCCUGUUCCUCCGUGGGUGCUUCUUCUCCGAGUUCACCGUUGAGUCCUCCAAGAUUUUGGUCGUGAUCUUUCUCCAGAGGUCACGAUAUUAGGUAGGAGUUCGUGGGCUCCUCUUCUCGGUUGUGAUCUCUGCCCUUCUAUCGUGAUCUUCCUGUUUUGUUCCACAUCCUACACUUGUGCCAUGUUUUGAUGAUUAAAAUGCAAGUAUCAUUAAAUACACCCUCAUAAGACAUGAAAUGCUCUGAGUAACGACUUUUUAUUGCAAAUGACAAUAUGCUAGCCAUGAAUACCAAAGAAUGACAUGUAAACAACUAGAAUAUGGUAGCUAAACAACACCAAUUUGGGUGUUAUCGACUCCCCGCACUUAGGUGUGUGCUUGUCCCCUAGUAAACCUACUCAAAUUGGUACAACUUGAUAGACAAUAACAAUGAUAUGCACUAUUGUUCAUCGGUAUCACUUUUAAAGAUAAUCGGAGUCUAGAAAGCGUUACUUCCAUCUCUAUGUGCAGAACAAACUCUCGGAUGAGGACCUUAUCGACUAAAGAGGUAUAGACAUUGCACUUGUGCACUGAGGAACUCUCAAGAAAACAUGUGAAAAGCAAUGGAAUCCAUACUACUUAUUUUCAAAGGAGGAAUGAAAGUUUGUGCAUCAACUUAACUUUGCCAAACAUGGCACCACACUCUGCAUUUUUGCAAACAACGCUUCUCUCCCUCGUGGCUAAGAGCAAAAGUAUAUUGACUUCUCUAUUUUGACCUAAUGUAGGGAAAGUGAUGGUUGCAAGUAUGGAUGGAGGUAAUAAGGUGAAGCGUCCGGAUGUGAUUCAUUAUCUCUCAAGCACCAAUUUCCAUCUUGCACUCUCAUCUCAACGACAAAUGAGUUGCCACAUAUGUGAGGUAUGAACGAUAGUCGAGGUCUCUCGACUUGCAUCGAGGCACACUAUCUCCUCUCAUACAAGUCUCACGAGGAGAGGUCUAAGGAGGAUGGGACCCCCUGACGCAUCCUAAAAUGACACUCCAGGCCAAGAGAAAAGCCCUUUGAGGCUUUGACAGCUAAAUCAAACACUAUGCUUCGUUGCCUCUCACAUGAGAACACUCAUUUUUUCAAAAUGUUCUCCAAAUUGGAGCACAUUUUUGCAAACUUUUAUGGAGUAAAAAAGUUUGGGGAGAGCCCACGCGCACAAAUGUCCUAACCUCGAUAGUAAAAAAUAUUAUGUCGCAAUCUUCCUAUUUUGCUCUACAUCCUACACUUGUGCCCUCUUCAUGAUUUCAAUCCUCAAAAUCUUUAAGAUCUUACGAUUUGAAGGAUUUUAACGAUUUAAACGAUCAUGUGGAAUUGCUUGAAUUUGUUUAGGGUUAAUAGCAUUUUGUACCCCUCUACUAUGGUAUAUUAACAAACGUACCCCUCUACUAAAUGUUAGCACAAGCAUACCCUUCUAAUAUUAAAAUAUAAAGAUUUUAUCAUUUCAUCUAAUUAUCUAUUAAAUGACUGUUAAUGAGGUUUUGAAAUGACCAAUUGCCUCUUAUUUACUUGUAAACACUCCUAAUUUGGGAUUAACUUGUCCGGUGGAAUUCGCUUUUGCUCCUAGAAAAUCGGAGGGUUUUUUUCCUAUGCAAUUUCUUGGCGACUAGGGUUCUUUUUUCUCAAUGGCGGCGAUCUUGCCAUCCAAAAAGUCGGCUCCUCCGGCUAAGCCUCCGGAAGUUCUAAGCGGGGCUAAGAGACCGGCGAUGGUUUCUUCCUCGCUUGAUGGUAAGAGCGAGAGGGAAGCCGUCCAACCAAAGAAAAAAAGGGCUUUGGAUUUCGAUCAGGGAGUUGGAGAGGUUGACAAGGAAGAUGCAACGGGGAUGGAUACAGAAACGGCUAAGCAACCAAUGGGAACAAAUAGCCCCGGGAAAGCGACGAAGAAAGGUGCCUGGUUCGACAAUGCUGCCAAAUCUUUCAGUGAAGUGGUGGUGGGGGACGCUUGGUACGUGGCCGACUCGGAUUCCGAAGAUGUGGCCCAGCAGGAGCGCGAGGAAGAUGAAAUACUGGAUGAAGAAACUUAUGACCCUACAUGCCCACCAAUCCUUUUAACGGCAGCGCAGAAGAUUCAGUGGAGGAGGGAGUGGCGAUCUUCGCUGGUGGUACAGGGGUUAGGGAGAAAGGUGUCGUUUGUCCCUCUCUCUCGUCGACUCAAUGCUCUUUGGGCACGUAAUGGAGAUAUACAGAUAUAUGAUAUGCUCAAUGGUUGCGAUAUGGUUCGUUUCCGGUAAAAACAAGAUUAUGAACAUGCUCUUAUGGGGGGGGGGGGGGGCUAUUGGGUGACACCUAUCUAACGGUGCAUAGAUGGUAUAAGGGUUUUAACCCGUGGAAAGCAGAGGUGACGUCGACAAUGGUCUGGGUACAACUCCCGGGUCUGCCGGUUGAGUUCUACAAUAAGGAAGCAGUACUUAUGAUAGCACAAAGGAUAGGGAACCCAGUGAGAGUGGAUAGAGCAACGGAGAUGGGGGCGCGUACCAAGUAUGCUCGGGUCUGUGUAGAAGUUGAUCUCACGAAACCUUUACUUGAAAAGUAUCAAAUCGAGGGCAUAAAAUACUUGAUUCAAUUGAGGGGCUAGAAAACAUUUGUAGCAAUUGCGGAUCAUAUGGAAAAACAAAUGGGAAGUGCCUAAAGUGUGAGACUGCCCCGGUGCCUGACCCGGAUGAGGUAGAUAUGGUGGAAGAGACACAAGUGGAAGAUCCAAGUAAAGGCAGGGCAUAUGGCGAGUGGAUGCCGGUGAAACGCCGUGAGAGACGUAAUGUCAAAAAGCAAGGCCAGCCUUCAACCCACAAACCCGUUACCAAGUGGAGAAACAUAACUCAUUUGAGGUCCAACAUGAUGAAGAGCAAGGAAAGGGUUCACAAGUCCAUGCUCACGUGAACCAAGAUGGGGAAAGGCCAGGGAAGGAAGUGUGCAUGGGAGGCAAGAGAUGCAGAAUAAACAAAAGGCAGGGCAAGAAGGAGGGAUAAACGUUGGUGAGAAAAAGAAGCCCACUAAAACUACGGGUGGUAGUAAAAAUGAGAAGUCCAUUGCUGAUAAAGUAAGGGUUAAUCCAACUGGAAACAAAGCAACAGCGAACAAAAAUGAAGAGCACAAGGAAAAAGAUGGAAGUUCACACUUGACCCAGGGAGAGACCACGGCAGGAAAACCGAAGGAGACCAAACAACGGUGCAAGAACGAAACCAAUAGAGAGCUAAAUACUACAAUAUUGGAUACUUCCAAAACACGAUGAAGAAUGGUGCGGGGAACCGAUCCCCUUCGGGUCAUAAAUGAGGAUUAUGAGCUAUAACUACCGCGGGUUGGGGAAGACGCGAGCAGUUAAUGCACUUCAGUCGCUCUUGCGACGCUUUUCCCCACAACUAGUUUUCUUAAUGGAAACUAAGUAAACACAAGACGAGAAUAAUAUUACCAGAGUUGAUACAGCUAUGACAAGGAUGAUAGCUACCCCACUGAUAGGUCAAGAGGAGGACGUGCGGGAGGAUUGAGCUUAUGGUGGCUUGAGGAACUUAAUGUAACAGUGAUGUCAACCUCCUUUCACCACAUCGAUACAAAGAUAACGGAGCAAUCCGGUGAGGUCUGGCGAUUUACAGGUAUUUAUGGUUGGCCGGAUGAUCAAGAGAAAUGGAGAACUUGGGACUUGAUUGAGCGACUAGCAAAUCAAUGGUCGGGGCCAUGGAUCUGUGGAGGGGACUUUAACCAAGUUCUAUCGUCUUUCGAGAAAAAAGGAGGUCGGGUAGCGGUGGAGCGCGAAAUGAUCGAUUUUCAAAACUGCCUUACCGGAGCGGGUCUUUUGGACCUGGGCUUCAAUGGUUAUCGAUUCACAUGGGACAAUAGAAGAUCAGGGGGCAG